AUGUAUUCACACAUACUUUUGCAGAGACAAUGGUCGAAAAUCGCUUCCAUCUGCCGAACGGCAGCCACAAUAGAAUCCCAAAAACUUCCUCAGAGCAACGCAGCCAGUGACGGCAUUUCACCACCAGUGCGAAUUCCCAGGGGCCCCACAGAUAUCCUGCAAGCUUUGGCUGCCACAGUUGGUGCAGAUCCAACAGCAGCACAUUACAAGUAUCACGAUGAUCCAUACUUGAUACCACUGUCCAACUUUCGUAAACGAUCUUAUGCGCUAUCAGCUGAAGCUGGCAGAAAGGCAGCAGCUUGGAUUAGAGAUGAACAUGCUAAUCUAUUCACAACACGAGAAUGGGAUCCCCCAGGCAAACAGAAAACUCCACAUUUCAAUGCUGACCCUCACAUUGAUGCUUUUGCCCCCAAACCUAUCUACAAUGAUGAAAGUAAGGUUACGGAAGAGGACUUCAAAUACACCUUGAAAAAUGUACUUAUAGAAGAUGCAAAAAAAGUAUUUGAACUUCUUGGUGGAGUUGAAGCUUUAAGUGAAGAGCUUAAAAUUGAAUUUCUUCAGUUACUUUGUUUCUAUAACGAGAAGGAACCACUGUCAAUGGAAUGGCUAGAAGAAAGAUGGUUUGCUACCAACACUCGUGAACGACAGGCUGCUACAUGGAGAUUGGGUGGUUUGGCAGACAAAAUUUUCACUUCGAUGGAACCAAAAACACCAGAAGCUUACUGUGCAAUGAUUCAAGGGAUGGCAAAAUAUUACCAAGCCGAAAGGGCGCACGCAUUAGCAAAUGAAGCUCUAGACAAUGGCAUUCCCUUGUCAACAAAUGCUUUCAAUUCAUUACUGACCUGUGUCGGAUUUCUUAAAGAGGGUACCGUAUUGAGAAUUGAAGCUAUGAAAUCUCUGCUUACACAAAUGAAUGAACAGGGUUUGUCACCUAACCAAGGGACCCUUGUAUCAUGUCUCCGGUCAUUAUCAGCAUGGGGAGGUGGUAAAAAUCUACAGCAAAUUGCUUUGCAAAUAUUAGCCGAAUUUAAACAAUUAGGCAUCCAACCUGGAUUAUCGGCAUACUAUUACCUGCUGUGUUUGUUCUGCAAAGAGCGUGGUCCUCAAAUAGAUAUCCUCUCAUCAAUUCUCAAUGAUUUAGAAAAAAGGGACACAUUGGAACCUAAAGAUGCAACAGAUACAAACUUCUUCAUUACUGCUAUGGGAGUGUGCAGUGAUCACUUACAGGACGUCGCCUUGGCGGAGCGUCUACAUAAACUGCUCAUGAAAGAUGAGAACUACAAAUUAGUGGGUGAUGCAUACAAAGAAAGUAUUUACUACAGACAUUACAUAACAGUUACCUGCAGGCAUGCACCUUUUGAGAAAACUUUAGAGCUGCUCGACACAUUAAUACCAAAUAUAUAUGUUCCAGAACCAUCUGUGAUGGAGGAGAUAAUAAAAGUCCUCGAGCUGGGCGGCGCUGGAGACCGCUUGGCGCAGGCUUGGUCGCAGCUGGUCGUUUUCGGUCACGCGAACCGCACCAGGCUGGUCGAGAGGCUUUUGAACGCAUUCUGCAACUGCUACCAGUACCAAGAUGAUGAAGUGAAAGCCAAGAUCCGAGCUGCCGCCGCCGACAUACUCAAGUUCGGGCAGCUAGCCGAGGAGAGGGAGGAGGCUGGCGAGAGGCGGUCUCCAAUUCAGAAACUGUCGGCCACCGCGCUGACGAACAUAAUCGAGCUGUGCGCGGACGCGGGCGCGGAGGAGGGCGGGUGGGAGCGGGCGGAGCAGGCGCUGGCGCGGCUGCGGGGCGAGCGCGCGGCCGGGGUGCCCGCGCGGCCGCAGGUGCUCGCGGAACUGGCGCCGCGCGCGGCCGCCGCCGGGAAGCCGGCCCUCGCCGCCACGGCGGUCGCUUACUUGGUGGACUGCGGCUUCGACGAGGCGCUGACGGCCAGCGUGCAAACCCUCGCCCUGAUGCUGAACAGGAGCGAGGAAGAAGUGGAAACGCUCCUGCGGGAAGACAGGAGCAAGCUGGCCGGCGCGCUGCACCCCUCCGCUCUCGUUCUCGCCGAAGCUUACCACGCAGCAAAGUCCGGAACACAAAUGCAAUCAUCUGAUUCGUCGACCAGUUCGGGGAGUGACAGCGAAUCAUCCGACGAUGAU